CGCCCUGCACACACACGAGUGCGGCAGCCUGUUUCUCCUCUGAAGUUGGCUCCAGCCUUAGCAGCCGCAUUGGAUCCCACAGCCUAUUGCGAGACUCCGGUAUACAAUCCGGAUCUCUGCCCCAACAUGAUCGCGGCCCAGGCCAAGCUGGUGUAUCAUUUGAAUAAAUACUACAAUGAGAAAUGCCAAGCCAGGAAAGCUGCCAUCGCCAAAACGAUCCGAGAAGUCUGCAAAGUGGUGUCGGACGUGCUGAAGGAGGUGGAAGUGCAGGAGCCUCGCUUCAUCAGUUCCUUGAACGAGAUGGACAAUCGCUAUGAGGGGCUGGAAGUCAUCUCCCCCACGGAGUUUGAAGUCGUGCUGUAUCUGAACCAAAUGGGGGUUUUCAACUUCGUGGACGACGGCUCCUUGCCGGGCUGCGCUGUGUUAAAGUUAAGCGACGGGCGCAAGAGGAGCAUGUCCCUCUGGGUGGAGUUCAUCACGGCGUCUGGCUACCUCUCCGCUCGCAAAAUCCGGUCCAGAUUCCAGACUCUGGUGGCUCAAGCCGUGGAUAAGUGCAGUUACAGAGACGUAGUAAAGAUGGUGGCGGACACUAGCGAAGUGAAGCUGAGGAUCAGGGAUCGGUACGUCGUGCAGAUCACUCCAGCGUUCAAGUGCACGGGGAUCUGGCCGCGGAGUGCUGCACACUGGCCGCUUCCCCACAUCCCCUGGCCGGGACCCAACCGGGUGGCGGAGGUCAAGGCGGAAGGCUUCAACCUCUUGUCCAAGGAGUGCCACUCUCUGGCCGGCAAGCAGAGCUCGGCCGAGAGCGAUGCCUGGGUGCUGCAGUUCGCGGAAGCUGAGAACAGACUGCAGAUGGGCGGCUGCAGGAAGAAAUGCCUCUCCAUCCUCAAAACCUUACGGGACCGUCACCUGGAGCUGCCGGGCCAGCCCCUGAAUAAUUAUCACAUGAAGACUCUGGUUUCCUACGAAUGCGAAAAGCAUCCCCGCGAAUCGGACUGGGACGAGUCGUGCCUGGGGGACCGGCUCAACGGGAUUUUACUGCAGCUCAUCUCGUGCCUCCAGUGCAGGAGGUGCCCGCACUACUUCUUGCCCAACUUAGACCUCUUUCAGGGCAAGCCUCACUCGGCCCUGGAAAACGCGGCCAAACAAACGUGGCGACUAGCUAGGGAAAUACUUACCAACCCGAAAAGUUUGGAGAAACUUUAGAGGGUAACUAUAAAACCGGCCUGACCGAUAAAUCUGAUAAUUUCCCGAUGAAGUUUAAGAUGCCUGUUUGAAAAGUCAUAUAUUUCCACUUGACAAUGCAAAUAAUAUUCUCUUUUAAAAAGGAAUAUAGCUUAGGCUCUUCACAAAGAAAAGCAAAUGAGAACAGCAACCAUCAUUCCUCUUCGUCACAGUUUUGCAGUUCCCCGUGGGGGAAAAAAAAAAAAGAAAAAAAAAAAAAAAGAAAAAAGGAAAAGGAAACUGUGCUACCUGGAAAGGAAAAUUGGCCGUAAUUUGAUUGUGACCAUUCUGCCUAAAAACGGUACCAACGGAUUAUAACAAAACCCGGUAUUUUUAUGUAAACCCUCUGUGAGUAAAAGCUAUUUGGAUAUGCCACCUGAACAAACCCUAAUGUACCUUUUGAUUUGUAUCAAAUAUUGUGAUCUCACAUUGUCUUUGAAAUUGUGGAUGUUGGUGUUUUGUGAUUUGGUGAACAGAAGUUAAAUUGCCAUUUUGGAUACUUCAAGGACAUUUUCUGCUAAAAAGAAGAUACCAUUUAAAAAGGUAGAUUUUAUCACAGUACUUUUGUUAAUUGUCUUUUGAAGUGUCUGAACUUAACAAGUUUACAUUUUUCGUUUCAUAUAUAUUGCUUGUUCUAUUUCUAACAUUCCAUAAAUAUACUUGAAAUGUUAUUUAAAUAUAUUCAAAAGAAAUUUGGAUUCUGCUUAUAUAAUAACGCUUGAAUAUUGGAAUUAUAUAUUUGAAAAUGCACUUGAAAUACACUGGAUAAUUACUUUUUGUGAUUUAGAUUUUAAUUUCUGUUGCUGAUUUAUUUAAUUACAAGCUAAUAAAUGAAGUAAAAUGCA